UGAAAGUCUUGUAAAUAGUUCGGGUGUUUAUAAGUACAGUAGAGGUCUGCUGUUUGCCGAUUAAACUAAUAAUCUUUGUAAACUCUCUUGAAGACGUUUCUGCUCCAAAAUUGAUGUACUUCCGGUGUAUCACUUCCGCUUCUCGCGUAGCUCCGCUAAACAAGAUGAAUGUAGCAAGACGCGUCUUACAAAAUGUAACCUCUAAAAAAGUAUUUUUUAGCAUAAUCGACAGUGUGUGUGAGGAUGUCACUUUUGUAAGUCUGAUUUGAACGUCUAAUUAUUUCUAGACCCUUUUGCUGCAAAAAAAAAAGUAAUUAGCCUUCAUUAAAACUGGAUUAUUAGCCUCCGUGGAGCUAAAGCUGCUAACAGUAGAGAAUCAGUGUUUUUUUUUUUUUUUUUUUUUUUUUUUUUACGUCGAAGCUUUAAAAGUUCAUGGUUUAGAGCUACGAGGCAAUUCCAGACUCCGGGUUGAUCAGACUGUGCGGGACAGACUCCAUCCUCCGUGGACACCUCCUCCAACCUUGUUGUCCAGCUGAGGACCGAGAGACUGGGGACAGUUCCAGAGAGGACACAGAGCUGCUGACCAAGUUCCAGGACGCAUAAAAACAGAAGAUACAGGUUAUAUAACUUUAACCUUUAUCUACUUGAAUACGUGAAGGUUGCAAACAAAGAUUGAAAAAAGCAGAAUCCCAGGUGUGCAGAGGAUGUCUGAGAUGAUGAAGGUUGAAGCAGAGGAGCCUGGAGGACUGAGUUCAGUGUCCUCCAUACCUGCAGCCUCCUGCAUCAGAACUGGAGCAGGAACAAGACAACAAAGAUCUCAUUCAUCAAGUUUUGGUGAUAAAAGAAGAGGUUCCCCAUGACUUGACACCCAGUUUGGACGAACAGGACCCAGAACCCCCCCAUGUAAAGGAGGAAGAGGAGGAACAGUGGAUCAGUCUGAUGGAAGAACAACUCACUGUGAAGAUUGAGGAAGAGGAGAAACCCCAGUUAUUACAGCUUCAUCGCCUCAAAACUGAAGACAGCAGAGACACUGAAUCUCCAACCUGCAGCUCAACUACCCAGAUGGAAACAAAACUUGGAGAGGACUGUGUAGGAGCAGAACCUGACAGGAAACCAGAUCUGGUAUGUUUUCCUCAUCAAACCAACAUGAUUGUUUCAAAAAGAUGUAAAACAUCUAAACUGUGUUCCAAAAUUACAUCCAAGACUGAACUAAAAGGUGAAGAGAAACCAUUCAGUUGCACUGUUUGUGACAAAAGAUUUAAACGUAAGAAUUCUGUCAAACUGCACAUGAUGGUUCACACUGGAAAGGUGGAACAUAGCUGUGAUCUUUGUGGUAAAGCAUUUAGAGUAAAGAAUUACCUUCAGACACAUAUGAGAGUCCACACUGGAGAAAAACCAUUUGCAUGUGAUGUUUGCUGUAAAAGGUUUCAUGCAAAAACAAAUCUUAAACUUCACAUGAAAGUACAUUCAGUAGAAACCCCUUUUUCUUGUAACAUUUGUGGCUCAAGAUUUAAGACAAAGGAAAGGCUUAAGAAGCACAUGUGGAGGCAUAAUGGAGAGAAAGCAUUUGUUUGUGGUAUUUGUAGUAAAAGGUUUUUACUCAAAGAGAGUCUAAAAAAUCAUAUGUAUUUUCAUACAGGAGAAAAACCAUUUAUUUGUUCCUUUUGUAGUAAAGGAUUUUCACAAAAAGGAAACCUUAAAACUCACAUGGGUGUUCACACAGGCGAGAAACCGUUUAUUUGUAGUGUUUGCAGUCAAGGAUUUUCACGAAAAGGGGAUCUAAAGAUUCAUAUGAGCGUUCACACGACCGAGAAACCGUUUAUUUGUAGUGUUUGUAGUCAAGGAUUUUCACUAAAACAUAGCCUGAAAUCUCACAUGCGUGUUCACACGGGGGAGAAGCCGUUUAUUUGUAGUGUCUGCAGUAAAGGAUUUUCCCAAAGAGGAUCUCUAACACAUCACAUGCGUGUUCACACGGGUGAGAAACCAUUUAUUUGUAGUACUUGUAAUCAAGGAUUUUCACGAAAAGGGGAUCUAAAGAGUCAUAUGCUCGUUCACGUGAGCGAGAAACCGUUUAGUUGUAGUGUUUGCAGUCAAGGAUUUUCACGAAAAGGGGAUCUAAAGAGUCACAUGCACGUGCACACGGGCAAGAAACCAUUUAUUUGUAAUGUUUGCAGUCAAGGAUUUACUCGAAAAUGGGGGCUGAAGAGUCAUAUGCUCGUUCACACGGGCGAGAAACCAUUUAUUUGUAGUGUUUGCAGUAAAGGAUUUUUACUAAAAAGCAUUCUAAAGCGUCAUAUUCUUGUUCACAUGAAUGAGAAGCCAUUUCUUUGUGAUGUUUGUAAAAAAGGAUUUUCACAAAAAGGGCAUCUUAAUCGUCACAUGCGUGUUCACAUAGCAGAAAAACCAUCUACCUGUCAUAUUUGUGGUAAAGGAUUUUCCAACUCUGGAGGACUGAAAAGACACAUGGCUGUUCACACCAAACAAUUUAGGUGUAGUGAGUGUGGAACAUGUUUUGUAAAUGCAAUAUUGUUGGAACGACAUAUGAAUAUUCACUCUGAGGACAGGGGUCAUAGCUCUGACGUCUGUGAAAAAAAGAAGCAAACAGUGUAAUCUUGAAAGUCACAUGAAAAUCAUUUCAGCAGAGAAACCUAUUUGUAGUGAUUUCUCUGAAGCAAUUUCACAACAUGGAGUUUUGCAAAAACACAUAAAUGUUCAUGAGAACUGGAACUAAUGAUUUUUAUGAAGCUCAUGUAGUUGCAGUAGUAGUAAUGGUGGUAGUAGUAGUAGUAGUAUUUUUCAUCAAUCCAUCACACUCUGAGCAACAUACUCAUAAUGUUUCCUUUAUGAAACCAUAUCUGUCAGGGAUAAACUGUAUCCCUAAAACACAGGUCACCCUGCAAUC